AUGCUCUCCAUUGCGCGACGCUCACUCCGCCCUUCACUGGCGCGGUCUUUAUUAGCCCCGGCGCUGACAUCCUCCUUACAUACGCUUCCGGAGCUCCCUUAUGCUUACAACGCUCUCGAGCCGUACAUCUCCGAAGAGAUUAUGACUCUGCAUCACAAGAAACACCACCAAACCUAUGUCACAGGGCUUAACGCUGCGGAAGAGGCGUACAGCAAGCUCACCGGGGACUCUGCCGCCAUAACCAAAGAGAAGAUUGGGCUCCAGGCGGCGCUCAAAUUCAACGGCGGUGGACACAUCAACCAUUCGCUCUUCUGGAAGAACCUCGCGCCGGCUGGUCAAGAUGGCGGUAAAAUCUCAGACGGACCGCUCAAGGCCGCCAUUGAGCGCGAUUUUGGCUCGGUGGAGGAGUUCAAGAAGACCUUCAAUGCGAAGACCGCCGCCAUCCAGGGCAGUGGCUGGGGCUGGUUGGUAUGGUUACAGCUCCGCGCUGAAGAAGCUCGAGAUCGUCACGACGGCAAACCAGGACCCCCUCAUAAGUUCCACACACCCCGAUCAUUGGCGUUGAUAUUUGGGAGCAUGCUUUCUAUCUCCAGGCAAGCACACUUGACUGCUCGUACUGUUCUUACUAACAGCCCUCUCAAGUACAAGAACGUCAAGCCCGAUUAUCUGAAUGCUAUUUGGAAUGUCAUCAACUUCAAAGAGGCGGAGAAACGUUUAGUAGAGGUGACCAAUUAG